AUCUCCGUCCAGAAUCUUCCAGCCCCCCUGCUCUCCUCGCCUCUGCUUUUGCUUUCCAUUUUGUUCUCUCUCAUCUCCUCCCCGUCGCCGACCAGUCCACCGCCGCCGCCACCUCAACCUCGCGCAGCCGACCUCUUACCGUACAGUGUCCCGGUCUCUCACGAGGGAGCACCCGCCGAAGCGAAAGCAGCGGUCGCCUGAAGGAGCGGCCACCCCCGCCGCUGGAGGAGGGAUCGCGACAGGGAGAGGUGCCGUCCGCGAGGGGAUGGACGACGGCGACAGCGUCGUCCGGAGCGUCGACAGGGCCGGCGCCGCCCCUGGCGACGACGGCAGCGCCACGCCGCUCCCCGAGACGGUUCAAAUUGGCAAUUCGCCUACCUACAGACUUGAUAGAAAGCUUGGAAAGGGAGGAUUUGGGCAAGUAUAUGUUGGCCGCCGUAUUUCCGCUCCGAGUGUUAGUGACAGGACACCUGGUGCAAAUGCUUUGGAGGUUGCAAUAAAAUUUGAACAUCGAACCAGCAAAGGUUGCAACUAUGGUGCCCCCUAUGAGUGGCAAGUGUACAACACUCUUAGUGGAAUUCAUGGCGUACCAAGAGUACACUACAAGGGGAAGCAGGGAGAGUAUUAUAUCAUGAUUAUGGACAUGUUGGGACCAAGCCUCUGGGAUGUUUGGAAUAAUAACUCCCACUCCAUGUCUGUUGAAAUGGUUGCUUGCAUUGCCAUAGAAGCAAUUUCCAUAUUGGAGAAGAUGCAUUCAAAAGGGUAUGUCCAUGGAGAUGUGAAACCUGAAAACUUUUUGCUUGGACCUCCAGGCACCCUGGAAGAGAAGAAACUGUUUCUUGUUGACCUUGGUUUAGCUACUAGAUGGAGAGACACUGGUACAGGAGAGCAUGUCGAAUAUGAUCAGAGGCCUGACGUCUUUAGGGGAACUGUGCGCUAUGCUAGCGUGCAUGCCCAUUUGGGAAGAACUGGAAGCAGAAGGGAUGACCUUGAAUCCCUUGCAUACACACUUAUUUUUCUUCUGCGCGGUCGCCUUCCUUGGCAAGGAUAUCAGGGGGAGAAUAAAGGUUUCCUUGUUUGUAAGAAAAAGAUGACAAUUUCCCCAGAAUCUUUGUGUUGCUUUUGCCCGCAACCUUUCCGACAAUUUAUUGAGUAUGUUGUGAACUUAAAGUUUGAUGAAGAACCAAAUUAUGCAAAGUGCAUUUCUCUUUUUGAUGGCAUUGUUGGUCCAAAUCCAGACAUAAGGCCAAUCAACACAGAUGGUGCUCAGAAGCUUAUAUAUCACGUAGGCCAGAAGAGAGGCCGUCUUAUGAUGGAGGAAGAUGAUGAUGAGCAACCUAAGAAGAAGAUUAGGAUGGGGAUGCCUGCGACCCAAUGGAUUAGUGUUUACAAUGCCAGGCGGCCUAUGAAACAGAGGUAUCACUAUAAUGUUGCAGACAGUAGGUUAGCACAGCAUAUUUCAAAAGGGAACGAGGAUGGCUUGUUCAUAAGCUCUGUUGCCUCUUGUUCAAAUCUGUGGGCUUUGAUAAUGGAUGCUGGCACUGGAUUUUCUUCUCAAAUAUAUGAACUUUCUCCAUAUUUUCUUCACAAGGAAUGGAUAAUGGAGCAGUGGGAGAAAAACUACUAUAUCACUGCACUAGCAGGUGCGAACAAUGGGAGUUCACUGGUGGUCAUGUCCAGAGGAAUAAUCUCAAGUAUUAACAUUGUGCAACACUCGUGCAGUAUGGCACUGACAGAUUUUCCAUACAACAUCCUCCUUUUCUUUCCAGAAGUUCUGUAUAGUGAGAUAAAGCGGACUAGUUUGAUCUUUUUUGUCAAGCUGCAAUUUCAACCUUUUCGUUGGAGGCUCUUACAGUUCAAGUUAUUGUCCUCGAAUAUACUAUGUAGAUUGGUUUUGACUUUGAACUCUCCAGGAACACAAUAUGCCCAGCAAUCCUACAAAGUAAGCGAUUCCUUUCCCUUCAAGUGGAUCAACAAAAAAUGGAGGGAGGGUUUCUAUGUUACUGCUAUGGCCACUGCAGGAAGCAGGUGGGCAGUGGUCAUGUCUCGUAAUGCUGGCUUUACAGCUCAGGUUGUGGAGCUUGAUUUCUUGUAUCCAAGUGAGGGUAUCCAUCGGCGUUGGGAUAAUGGAUUUCGCAUCACCUCGACAGCUGCGACAUGGGAUCAGGCAGCAUUUAUCCUGAGCAUCCCCAAAAGAAAGCCUGCUGAUGAAACGCAGGAAACCCUAAGAACAUCUGCUUUUCCCAGCCAACAUGUGAAGGAUAAAUGGGCGAAAAAUCUGUACUUAGCUUCCAUUUGCUAUGGAAGAACGGUGUCAUGAGGUCCGGCCUGUUUGACUGGUGGUCCUUGUAGUGUUUAUUUAUAUGGACCACUGAAUAGAUUUGGAAUUUUGAAGGGCGGCCAUAGUUCUAAUUAGCUGGUCUAUAAUCAGCUAAUCCGAUAGAUGCAGAAGCCUGCCUCUGUUCCUUCAAUAGUUGCCCUUGCUGCCUGGCAUGGUUGUAAGAAAUGUAUGUUGCAGAGUUUGGGUGUUGCAAUUUGUUGUCCAUAGAUUGUGUUGUAAGCUGUAAAUUUGAUUACUUAUCAUGCAUAUAGUUUCAAGUUAAUAUUUAACCCUGGAGGUAGGUACCUAAAUUGUAUAAACUCAAGCUGUCUCCGCUUCUUGUUC